AUGACUAUACCCAUACUCGAGUCUGUACCCCUUCCACGCGAUCGCAUGCACGAGUUCCGAUUCAGCGUUGGUCUGGGUGGGGGUGAGAACGAUAUACUUUCACUGACGUCCGUGUGUUCCGAGGCGUGCACCAACCUUGUAGCACACUUGAUGAGAAACUACAGCUUCGUAGCUAUGACAGGUCAAAUUCCCUAUCUGUUAUUAGCAGGUACUGUCGCUGUAAAGGCUAUAAACAAUGUCGUGAACAUGGAUAAGUUAAUGGAACUUAUCGACGAUACCAUCAUCGACUGGAUGACUGAAAAGCCGAAAGAGGAGAUAGACAUUCUGGAAACUUAUUCCAAAAAGACAGUGACAUUUUCAUUCAUUUACGCAGGGUCUCUGUGGUUCAUUUCAUGUAUGUUUUGUGCUAUACCGGCUUCUACGCACAUUCUGGACUUCCUCUAUCCAUUAAACGAGACACGAAAACGUAUAUUCCUAUAUCCAGCAUACUUUUUCCUGGACGAAGAAAAAUACUAUUAUUUAAUAAUCACGUUCGAGGUAGUGGGUUCGGUAAUGAUCGUGACAGUAUAUGCUGUAACCGACGUGAACUUCAUGUCUUUCGUACAACACGCCCGUGCUUUAUACACAAUCAGUGGGUACCGUUUCAAACACGCGAUAGAACCAGAUUACGUUUACUAUAGGAUCAACGAUCCGCAAAAGGAUCAAGUUUAUGCAAGGUUGUGUCGAUCUAUCGAAAUCCAUAAAAAAGUAAUAACGUUUAUAGGGAAAAUUGAAGCUUCUCACGACAAACUUCUCUUCGCCUAUAUAGGAUUAAUAAUGUUGAUGAUAGCGAGCACGCUUCUAAAGGUAGCUGAGGUGGAAAAGAAUUUUGAAUACGUGACGUUUUGUGCAUUCAUGGCGAUUCAAUUAACGAACAUGUAUCUCUUAAAUAGUCUGGGACAAUGGUUGAAAAAUACGAGUGACGAGUCUUUACAAGCAAUAUGGGAAUCGUUAUGGUAUAACGCUUCACUAAAAUCACAAUCGUUGUACUUAAUGGUAUUUCAAAGAUGUCUCUCUCCACCGGAACUAACAGCUUGUGGACUCGUCGAGAUGAACUUAAGUACUUUUGUACAGGUGAUAAAAGCAUCUUUCUCUUACUACACUGUAAUGAAACCCACGUAG